UUAUCCUUCACUUUCUAAUUCACUGCUCCUGCCUUAUUCUUUGGCAACCUCAAUACUGACUGUCAAUCUAAUUCUAUUAGCUAGGGCCCUUCUCUCUUAUAUUUCUCUACUUCUUCUCGUCCCUUUCUCAUCUUGCUAUUCUCCCUGAAUAGCUUCCCUGUAUGCUGCUUUGGCUAUUAAUCCGCCGGAGGGAUUAAUUUGAAGGCAGCAUGGCGGAGGAAAUUCUUAUUGACAAAACUGUCUUCUUCAACCGUCUUUCAAGUUUUUACGCAUCAUGGAAGACGGAUCGGCGCUCUGGAAAUGCCAUCUUUGGUGGAGUUGGAUCUAUCGUCAUAUUGAUGGGCAAGACAGAUGAAGCAAAUUCUUUCCAGAAGAAUAAUGCGAUUCAUUUCUGGCUCCUCGGAUACGAGUUUCCUGGUACCCUUUUUAUCUUCACCACAGAGGCAAUGUACAUUGUAACCACCGCGAAGAAAGCAAAACAUCUAGAAGUUCUGAAAGAUGGCAAGAUUCCGGUGGAAAUCUUGGUUAUCUCCAAGGACCCCGAGCAAAAAUCGAGAGUCUUUGAUAAGUGCUUGGAUGUGAUAAAAUCUUCUAGCAAAAAGGUCGGCUUAAUACCAAAAGAUACGACAUCAGGGCCCUUUGCAGAUGACUGGAAGCGCGCAUUUGCGGAUUUGUCCAAGGAAGUUGAAGAGAUCGAUAUUUCUCCGGCUCUUUCACAUGCUGCUUUUUCCGUGAAGGACCCCGAAGAAUUAGUAUCUAUACGGAAUGCUUCGCGAGCGUGCAGCGGCCUUAUGUCCGAAUACUUUGUCGACGAGAUGUCGCAACUGCUUGACGAGGAGAAACAGAUGACACACAAAGCUUUAGCAGCAAAGAUCGACGCAAAAAUUGACGACUCCAAGUUCUUCAAUAAGUUGGCCAAAUUGCCAUCAGAGUUCGAUGCGCAACAGAUUGACUGGGCUUAUGGCCCUGUUAUUCAGAGUGGUGGAAAAUAUGACCUCAAACUCACAGCCACAUCUGACAGUAACAAUCUUCAGCCCGGCAUCAUCAUCGCAGGAUUCGGAAUUCGCUACAAAACUUAUAGCUCAAUUAUCGCACGAACAUAUCUUGUGGACCCAACCAAGUCUCAAGAAGCAAAUUAUACUUUGCUAUUGACAGUUUAUGAGGCUAUCAUGAAGGAUGUUCGAGACGGCGCUAUCGCGAGAGAUCUAUACAACAAAGCUCUGGGAAUAGUGCGCUCCAAGAAGCCUGAGCUUGAGAAACAUUUCGUCAAAAGUGUCGGUGCUGGGAUUGGAAUCGAGCUCCGAGAUGCGAAUAUGGUUCUUAAUGGGAAGAACAAUCGGGUUCUGAGGAGCGGCAUGACUCUUUCUGUCAGUGUUGGAUUUACAGACGUGCAUAACGCAGAUUCCAACGAUAAGGGCUCCAUCUAUUCAAUGGUGAUCACCGACACUGUCCGGGUGGGUGAGAGUGGCCCUCAUGUUUUCACCAAGGAAGCAGGCAUGGAUAUGGAUUCCGUCUCAUUCUAUUUUGGUGAUGAUGAAGAAGAACAAAGGCCGUCGAAGGAAAAGAAAGAACCGAAAUCUAGCGCCCUUGCUAGCAGAAAUAUCACCCGGACUAAGCUUCGUGCUGAACGACCUACCCAGGUUAGCGAAGGCGCAGAAGCACGUCGUCGCGAGCAUCAAAAAGAGCUUGCGUCUAAAAAGACAAAAGAAGGCCUAGACCGCUUUGCUGGUACAACUGGCGAUGAAAAUGGUGUCAUACAGAAGAAAUUCAAACGAUUUGAGUCCUAUAAGCGGGACAACCAGCUUCCCACCAAGGUGAAGGACUUGACAGUGUACGUUGACCACAAGGCGGCGACAGUGAUUGUUCCAAUAAUGGGACGCCCGGUGCCUUUCCACAUCAAUACGAUCAAAAAUGCGAGCAAAAGCGACGAAGGAGAAUACGCCUAUCUCCGAAUAAAUUUCUUGUCUCCAGGUCAAGGUGUGGGUAGAAAGGAUGAUCAGCCUUUCGAGGAUCUUUCAGCGCACUUCUUAAGAAACUUGACUUUGAGAUCCAAGGAAAAUGAGAGAUUUGCCCAAAUCGCUCAAGACAUCACAGAGCUCCGCAAAACUGCACUGAGGCGCGAGCAAGAAAAGAAGGAGAUGGAAGACGUGGUUGAACAGGACAAGCUUGUGGAAAUUCGCAACCGCCGUCCCAUCAAACUUCCUGAUGUUUACCUUAGACCACAACUUGAUGGAAAACGUGUUCCAGGAGAAGUUGAAAUACAUCAGAAUGGUCUACGCUAUAUGUCGCCCUUCCGCAAUGAACACGUUGAUGUUCUGUUCAGCAACGUCAAACACUUGUUCUUCCAGCCCUGCGCACACGAGCUAAUCGUUGUCAUUCAUGUUCACUUGAAGACCCCGAUCAUGAUCGGCAAGAAGAAGACCAGGGAUGUGCAGUUUUAUCGAGAGGCUACGGAAAUGCAGUUUGAUGAAACCGGUAACCGCAGACGCAAACAUCGGUACGGAGAUGAAGAGGAAUUCGAGGCAGAACAAGAGGAGAGGAGACGCCGAGCAGCUUUGGAUCGCGAAUUCAAAGCCUUUGCCGAAAAGAUUGCCGACGCCGGUAAAGAGGAGGGGGUUGAUGUUGAUAUUCCUUUCCGGGAAAUCGGUUUUACUGGAGUUCCGAACAGGUCAAACGUUUUGAUCCAACCCACUACCGAUGCUCUCGUUCAACUCACAGAGCCUCCGUUCCUAGUAAUCACCUUGAAUGAGGUUGAAAUUGCCCAUUUGGAAAGAGUUCAGUUUGGCCUCAAAAACUUCGAUCUGGUGUUUGUUUUCAAGGACUUCCACAGACAACCAGUUCAUAUCAAUACCAUUCCAGUUGAAUCCCUUGAGGGUGUUAAGGACUGGCUAGACUCGGUUGACAUAGCCUUCACGGAGGGUCCCCUCAAUUUGAACUGGACUACAAUCAUGAAAACAGUUGUCAGCGAUCCAUAUGGCUUUUUCGCCGAUGGUGGUUGGUCCUUCCUGGCGGCCGAGUCAGAUUCCGAAGAUCAAUCUGACGAAGAUGAGGAAUCCGCCUUCGAACUCUCCGAGUCCGAACUAGCCGCGGCAGAUGAGAGUUCGGAAGAUGACAGUGAGUUUGAUGAUGAUGCCAGUGCAGAUGCUAGUGAAGACUUUAGCGGGGAUGAAGAAAGCGGUGAAGACUGGGAUGAGCUGGAAGAGAAAGCAAAGAAAAAGGAUAAAGAAAGUGGUCUAGAUGAUGCUGACCGGAAUAAGAAGCGAAAGCGGUGAGUUGUUGUAUAUUGGUCUCUAUUUUGAAGUAAACCUGCUAUCACAUCGUG